UCGUGUCACGCGGCUGGGGGCGCGCCGCUGAUCUUCUGCUGCGUCGGGCCCGCGCAUGCGCACUGGCAGCCCGGCCGCAGUGACAGCAGCUCCAUCCCGGUGGAACUCCAAGCUCCUCCGCGGCUACUGCCGGCUUUUUGAAUGGUUCGGCGGAAGGAAGCCCUAGCUGGACGGGGAUGCGAGGAUUAAAGAAAUAGUCGACGGUCACCGAGCAGAAGAAAACCCCAGAGAAACGCUGCGCGCGCUGAAGACGGAGAGGCGAGUGGCAACUUGAGUGAGUGAGCAGAUAAAAACCAUGGACCACCAGAGGCAGAGGACUCUGUCAACAUCAGGCGAGUCUCUGUAUGUUGUUCUCGGAGUCGACAAGAACGCCACGACAGAAGACAUUAAGAAAUGCUACAGGAAACUGGCGUUAAAAUUUCACCCUGACAAAAACCCGGACAACCCGGACGCAGCGGAGAAGUUCAAAGAAAUAAACAACGCCCACUCCAUCUUGGUUGACCCCACGAAGAAGAACAUCUACGACAAAUACGGCUCUCUGGGACUUUAUGUGGCGGAACAGUUCGGAGAGGAGAAUGUCAACACCUACUUUGUCCUGUCAAGCUGGUGGGCCAAGGCUUUGUUUGCCUUCUGCUGCCUGGCAACCGGCUGCUACUGCUGCUGCUGCUUGUGUUGCUGCUGUAACUGCUGCUGCGGCAAAUGUAAACCUCGGCCUCCGAUGGACCAGGAACCAGACUUCUACGUUUCUCCUGAGGACCUGGAGGCGCAGAUGACCGCCGAGGAGAAAGAUGGCAGUGAUCCGAUCGUCAUGCAGCCGUCUUCGGCCACAGAAACCACCCAGCUCACCUCCGACGCUCACCACAGUUACAAGACUGACGCUUACUGAGCAAACACACACAGCUCACAGCUACUAGGGCUCGGUGGUAGAUGAACCUCUUCAAUCUGACGCGAUACAAACGGAGUCUCUAUGUGUCAAAUGAGUAGCUCACUGUCGGUGAGUUAAAGCCAGUCAGACCAGCUGCCAAUGCUGCUCCUCCUUUAGCUGCUCACUCCUCCACGACGCCGCAGCGCUGCUGUUGGAGGGAUUCAGCUGUAUCAGCUGUGCAGAAACACAUCCAAGCUCAUCUGGAGGAUCUGCUUUGUGCAUCAUCACUUUGGUUCUAAAGCCUCAGAUCAUGUUUUUAUCACCCAGCCCUAAUAGCUGCUGUGUCAGCCAAAACACACUCCUACACACACACACACACACACACAGAAGGGGCUCUGUUGUGUAACUGCAUCAUGAAUUCUUCUGCUCCCACUUUGUAACCCGUCUGUGUGUUUCCUUCAUUCUUCUGGAGACGACGCAUGAGAACAUCAGACGAGCGCCGAACGUUUCCUCCGUUUCAUUUAAGAUAAAUAAAGGGAAAAAAAAACAACGAAAUUAUGAACGCAGCUUUUAAGCAACUGCAAAACCGAUCUAUUUAUUUUAACUUCCUGUUAUGAUCAUUUUUAGGCAUCAGUUAAUGGAAAACUAAAUGUAAAUUAAUUUUAAUCAAACUUGGCGUCGUAUUGGAGUUGGUUCUGCUUCAGUCUGCCUGAGCAGAAACAGAUUCUGCUCCUUUCAGUCUGCUUCCCGACAGAACUCUAGUCCAGAAGAACCCGAACAGACUCAGAGGUUCUGUCUUCAGUUUUUAGGACUAAAGAUGAUGCUGGUGGUGGACGUGUUCUCGUUUUUAACUAUGCAGAGGUGUCCAAAGUCCGGCCCGACGGCCGCCUGAAGUCCAUUAGGAAUCGGCCCUCAAGAAACAAUGUUUUGUUCCACAUUUGCCCAUUUUUAUCAUCAGCUAAAUUUCUGUGUUUGGUCCCGCCCAUUUGGGGAGCAGAGUAAGCUCAAGUCAAAGUGGCCACGCCCCUUCAUGUCCAGCUGUCUGCAGCGUUCGUCUCUGAAGCCGUGUGGCGCUGCAGGAGUUAAAAGUCCAACAUCAACCCCUUUCUUCUUUGUUUUAGUUUACAGACCAGAUAAAAAAGAUGUAAAUGUUGUUGAAAGUGUCCGUUUAGAUGUCUUUGUUUCUAAUGUAGAUUAUUUUUGUUUUCCCUUAUUUGUUUUUAGAGGUUUUGUUUGUAAUUGUUUAUGUUGUUAAUAAAUCAACCUGAUUACGUUGUUGAUAUCCAAAGUCUUAUUUGUUGACUAAAUGCACUUCUGAAUCCUUGUAGCGCUGAAAGGGACUCUGAACUACCCCAGAUUAAGUUUCUUUCCUCAAAUUCUCCUUUUUGUAUUUCUCCGAUAGCUCCUCUCGAGUGGCACCACAUUCAUUAUUCCUAGUUUAGUUUAACAGGAAUGCCGCUCCAUCAUCAGAAUCCCGGUCAGUUUGGUGAGCGAUUCGGGUGAACAGGGAUUCCCAAAUGUUCAGAAACACAAACUCUGUGUGAGUAGACGCCUGGGGAUGAAGGUAAUGUCAUGAUUUUUCUUAUAUUUUUAAUAUUUAAGUGCUAGCUGGAAUGUUGAGGGGGAUUGUGUAGAAGUUUCUGUGUGAUGUAAAUACUCUCCGUGUGAAGCGUAGAGACGUGCAGGUUCUCUGUUUUUAGCAUGACCUGAUAAUGUUUUAUGUAAAUGAUGUGCGGUUGUAAAAUAAAUGUUUCUGAAGCUUCAGA